UACAUUCAGACACAUUGAAUGGUUCAAAAUUGGAACUCUUUGACUUCCCGGUGCUAGGUUUUCUUAAUUCAAGUGCACCUACCGCCAACAGCGCGAAACAAAUACAACAAUUGGGAAUUCAAGGUUUUACCGAUGGGUUUUUACCAGAAAUGUUUGGUGCGAUUGAGUAUCUCUCCGGCUGUAGCGUUCACUUUCAAUUAUAAUACAGCGCUAUGGGACUAAAGGCAGUCCUUGUUUUUCAAAACAAGAGUUGAGCUUGAAAUUCAAACGUUUAUCAAACAGACCGGCCGCCAUAAAUCGGAUUUUAGUAAAAUGUUGUAAUAUAACAAGCUAAUGAGCCUAAAUUACAAUGCAUGACCAUGAGCAUUAUUUAUUUAUGCUAAUUUAUUUCAGUUCUUCGUCAACGCGAAUGGGCCCCUCCCCCACCCCACAUCUUUGGUCUCUUAGCAACUGUAUUGUAAACUGUCAACAUCGAUGUGAUGUUGUUUUCUAUGCUGCUACCAGUAACGUGGCUAGUGUGGUUCGAUUUGCUUUAUUUAAGUGCUGUUUAAGUUCAGAGGAGUAUGUCUGCAGAGGUGGCCAUACAGCCCCUGGAGGAUGUUAGCCCCCAAAUGAUGUGCUCCAGUCCCCAACCCAGUCCACAGCCCCGGGCCAAAGUGCUCAGGGAGGACCUCCUAAAGAUCCUGGACCCUUCACGGAAGAAGCUGUCAUCCUUGGAGACGCAGCGCAUCGCAGGGGUGCUGGAAGACUGCAUCGCCAGGGUGGAGACGGUAGCCUUGCUGCCGGCUGUGCUGUCCCGCCUGGGAGGGCUGUCUGUGGGGUUGGAGUUGGAGGGGGCCUUACAGGAGCACCAGCACCUUGGAGAGAGGCUGGGAGGCCUGGGACAGAAGCUGGUUGAGGGGGAGGCAGGGGAGAGAAUGAGAGCAGAGUUAGAAAGGGCCAUCCCCAGCUCACUGAGGAACGUGCUCAGACUGCUGAGAGCUCAUCCAGCCGCCACCCGAGCCCUGAGGAGUGAGGCAGAGGUAGGGGGGCAGGGGGUGAGUGAAGGGGUGCGAGGGCUGGUAGGGGGGCUGCAGGAGUUACGGGGGGUGCUGUUAGAGAAACUGCUCACGAGCCCGUCCGAGGAACGUCAACGAACACGCUACAUGCAGGAGGUUUCGCUGCGCCAUGGCAACAACAUGGAGCUGGUUGCUACACUGGAGAUGGAAGUCGCUGCCGCCAUCAAAGACAGAGAUGCUGAGAUCUCUAAGAAAAAUGAGGUGAUCAGGAAGUUGAAGAGCUCUCUGCACCAGAUGGAGAAGAUCUCUGAGGACUUUGUGUUGCGGACACAGCAAGAUGCCGACAAGCAGAACCAGUCAGACGCUAAGACCUCAGAGGGGAGGCGGGCCCGCAUGCAGCAGGAAGCCAAUCAGCUGAGAGUUCAGCUUAACAACCUGAUUUCUGAGAACCGCGAGGUAGAGACUUCGCUCCGUAAGAAAAAAUAUAAAGUGGAGACAGAAAUAGAGAACUGGAUCCAGAAGUAUGAUGCUGAUAUGGGAGAGAAACAGUUUGAGCUGGAGGACAUGACAAAGGUCUAUGAGGAGGAGAAGGAGGAGCUGAGAGAGCUAGAGGAGGCGUAUGCUGUCCUGGAGCAGGAGUUCAGUCAGAUCCAGGAGGAGCGGCGUUUGGCCGAGGAGAGGAGGGAGGAGGAGCAGAAAGAGCUGGAAAAGAAGAGCCGUGCAUCCACCAUUAUCCAGGCUUACUGGAGGGGCCACCGUGUCCGCAAGGCCAUGAGGGGGAAGGGCAAGAAGGGUAGCAAGGGCAAAAAGGGAAAAGGCAAGAAGGGCAAAUAACAGCCCUGUGGAAAACUUGGCUAGACCAGGACAGUCCAUUAUUCCAGCAUGGUUUUUAUAUUUGUGGGAAAGAAGUGUCAGCUCUCCAAAAACACAUCCAUUUUCCUUUUCUCCUUUUGUACGUUUUCCUUUUAGGUGUCAGAGUUUAUUCCAAUAAAUACUGUGCAACGAA